ACAUGGGGAGGAGACAUGGGAGAGGAGACACGGGAGAGGAGACAUGGGAGAGGAGACAUGGGAGAGGAGACAUGGGAGAGGAGACAUGGGAGAGGAGACAUGGGAGAGGAGACAUGGGAGAGGAGACAUGGAGAGGAGACAUGGGAGAGGAGACAUGGGAGAGGAGUCAUGGGAGAGGAGACAUGGGAGAGGAGACACGGGAGAGGAGACAUGGGAGAGGAGACAUGGGAGAGGAGACAUGGGAGAGGAGACAUGGGGGAGGAAACAUGGGAGAGGAGACAUGGGAGAGGAGACACGGGAGAGGAGCAUGGGGGAGGAGACAUGGGAGAGAAGACAUGGGGGAGGAGACAUGGGAUAGAGACAUGGGAGAGGAGACAUGGGGGAGGAGACAUGGGAGAGGAGACACGGGAGAGGAGACAUGGGAGAGGAGACAUGGGAGAGGAGACAUGGGAGAGGAGACAUGGGGGAGGAGACAUGGGAGAGGAGAUAUGGGAGAGGAGACAUGGGAGAGGAGACAUGGGAGAGGAGACAUGGAGAGGAGACAUGGGAGAGGAGACAUGGGAGAGGAGACAUGGGAGAUGAGACACGGAGAGGAGACAUGGGAGAGGAGACAUGGGAGAGGAGACAUGGGAGAGGAGACAUGGGGGAGGAAAGGGAGAGGAGACAUGGGAGAGGAGACACGGGAGAGGAGGCAUGGGGGAGGAGACAUGGGAGAGAAGACAUGGGGGAGGAGACAUGGGAUAGGAGACAUGGGAGAGGAGACAUGGGGGAGGAGACAUGGGAGAGGAGACACGGGAGAGGAGACAUGGGAGAGAAGACAUGGGGGAGGAGACAUGGGAGAGGAGACAUGGGAGAGGAGACAUGGGGGAGGAAACAUGGGAGAGGAGACAUGGGAGAGGAGACACGGGAGAGGAGACAUGGGAGAGGAGACACGGGAGAGGAGACAUGGGAGAGGAGACAUGGGAGAGGAGACAUGGGAGAGGAGACAUGGGAGAGGAGACAUGGGAGAGGAGACAUGGGAGAGGAGACAUGGGAGAGGAGACAUGGGAGAGGAGACAUGGGAGAGGAGUCAUGGGAGAGGAGACAUGGGAGAGGAGACACGGGAGAGGAGACAUGGGAGAGGAGACAUGGGAGAGGAGACAUGGGAGAGGAGACAUGGGGGAGGAAACAUGGGAGAGGAGACAUGGGAGAGGAGACACGGAGAGGAGGCAUGGGGGAGGAGACAUGGGAGAGAAGACAUGGGGAGGAGACAUGGGAUAGGAGACAUGGGAGAGGAGACAUGGGGGAGGAGACAUGGGAGAGGAGACACGGGAGAGGAGACAUGGGAGAGGAGACAUGGGAGAGGAGACAUGGGAGAGGAGACAUGGGGGAGGAGACAUGGGAGAGGAGAUAUGGGAGAGGAGACAUGGGAGAGGAGACAUGGGAGAGGAGACAUGGGAGAGGAGACAUGGGAGAGGAGACAUGGGAGAGGAGACAUGGGAGAUGAGACACGGGAGAGGAGACAUGGGAGAGGAGACAUGGGAGAGGAGACAUGGGAGAGGAGACAUGGGGGAGGAAACAUGGGAGAGGAGACAUGGGAGAGGAGACACGGGAGAGGAGGCAUGGGGGAGGAGACAUGGGAGAGAAGACAUGGGGGAGGAGACAUGGGAUAGGAGACAUGGGAGAGGAGACAUGG